CCUACAUGCCAAUGACGUCAUCAUCUCGCGCCGUGAUAGCAAUAAGCAUGGCUAUACAGAACGGUUCAUUAUCCAAAUUGCAGUCUUCUUUUAAUGGUAUAUUUGCCAUUUAUAAGAAACAGGGUCCCACCUCCGCAGAUGUGUUAAACACACUGAAGAAGGCGCUUUUAAAAGAGGCAGGUGUUGCAAAUCCCAAUCCUCGCAAAAGGAACAAGCAACCUUUAAAAAUUGGUCAUGGUGGCACCCUGGACAGCAAUGCUUCUGGUGUACUUGUAGUUGGAAUUGGUGAAGGAACAAAGAUGCUCACCACAAUGCUUGCAGGAUCAAAGAAAUACAGAGCUGUUGGAGAGUUAGGCAAAGCAACUGAUACUCUUGAUGUCACAGGAAAUGUUGUUGAAGAAAAGAGUUAUGAUCACAUCACAAAAGAGGCUUUUGAGGAGAAGCUGAAGCAGUUUACGGGUGAAAUUAUGCAGGUUCCACCUCUAUAUUCAGCACUGAAGAAGGAUGGCAAGCGCAUGUCUGUCCUGCUCAAGCAAGGUCAAGAGGUUGAGGCUAAACCUGCACGUCCAGUCACAGUCUACAGUCUCUCUUUACAAGACUUCAGCCCGCCAUAUUUCACCAUAGAUGUUGAGUGUGGAGGUGGGUUUUAUGUCAGAAGCUUGGUUGAUGAUCUUGCAAAAGCUCUGUCAUCCUGUGCUCACAUCAAGGAACUCACUCGGACCAAGCAGGGUCAGUUCACACUGGAAGAGCAUGCAUUGAAGGAGGAUCGCUGGACUUUGAAAGACAUCUCACAGGCUCUGCAGCCUUGCCCAAACCCAUCAGGGCAACAGAAGAAUGCCAAGAAAGCAAAAUCAAAGCAUAAGCCCACCCCAUCUAAAUCUAAGGGUGACGAUGGAGAUACAAAUGAUUAAAGGGGAUGAAACGGCCCGUCUGAUGAACAAAUUACAUUCUCACUGGAAGAACUGUAGGAAAUUGCCUAGUCCACUCUGAUUUGAUCUGGCCUCUAUUACCAUUUAUUUGUAUCCAUCUUCAUGGCCAAGUGAGGAUAAAGCUGGUGGCAUCUGUAUGUUCAAGCUGAUAGAAUUUACUACAGUGUGCAAAAACAAAUUCAGUUAUCAAAGCAUUUUUUUAUAAUUAUUAUUUCAAUUUAAUAACCACUUGACUGUAGUUCUUAUGUUGCCAAGAGAAAUAAAACAUCAUUAUUUUGAUUUUAGAUUAAAACAGAUUGUGUUACGCUAAAACUGCAGUGUUAUUGUGGUGACAAAACAUGACUUGGCACUGUUAAUAUUUGUGUAAGCCCAAAAGUGCUUAAUUUUUUUUAUUUAUUUUUUUUAUUACACAUUGACAAGCUAUUAAAGUUGAUAAUAGAUCAUUAAUGCAUCUGAAUUCACUUAAUGAAAAAGGAAAAAAUAUGCUUGAAAAUACAGUUAUUUUGGUUUGUUAAUAAAUACCCAUGUCAUUUAAUUUCUAUGCUCCAGAUCCAGUAAAUUAUACAGUAUUUUACGUGUUUGGUACAAACCUUAAAAACUGAAAAUAGAAGCAAUACGUGACAUGGGAUUAUUGCAGUAGUAAUGUAUUGGAAAAUAGCA